AAACUGCGGGGAUCAACUACAUGGAAGGGAAGUCCGAGCUUGGCUCUUGUCCCGAACCGGUUAGCCCAGUUUGCCCCCGUCUUCUGCCUCGAACUUCAACUUCUUCACUUCGCCUCAUCUCAUUCCAUCUACAUACUACUCACCAUCCAUCAUCCAUCUAUCUGCCAUUCCCUCCGACGCCCGUCGCCUAGGAAAGAAUACAACCACCCUCGUACUCUCCUCCUCCUCCUCCUCGUUCUCCUCCUUCUAUCGCUCUAUCCGGCACAUUAAUUUAAUCUCACCGUCGUGCUCCCCCCGCGUCGUUCGUUUUGAGAAAAAUAUUCGCCCUCCCCGCUUCGAACAUGUCUGCCUCUCCCAUGUCCUCCAGUGGCGACCAGUCACAAAGCUCCAGCCAGAUCCAUUUCCGUUUCUGCCGUGAAUGUUCCAACUUGCUCUACCCAAAGGAAGACCGCAAUACCCAUACGCUCAUGUUCACCUGCCGAACCUGCCAUGUUGGCGAGCCCGCCUCCUCCCCAUGCGUCUACCAGAACAAACUCAAUAACCAAGUUGGUGACACGGCCGGUGUGACUCAAGAUGUGGGAUCUGAUCCUACGCUACCCCGGUCAAACAAACUUUGCCCUAGCUGCGGCGAAAACGAAGCGGUGUUCUUUCAAUCUCAGCAACGGUCAGCAGAGACGGGAAUGAAACUCUACUACGUGUGCUGCACUUGUGGAAAUGUGUUUACUUGAUUUGGGAGGGAAUUUUCGAUUCUUUUUUUAUCUGUCAUUUCCUUUCUUUCUCUGAAUUUAUACCCAUUGGGCGGAGUUUAUGAGUUUGGACGAGCUGGAUAUAUUGAGGCGUUAGAGAGUGUUCCUAUUUCUAUAGUUUUGUAUUUUUAUUUUCAUUCGUCAUUCAUUUUCUGGCGUUGCGACACACUUUAGCUAGGUUAUACAUCCUACUGAGAUUCUGAUGCAAGCGGAAGGGGAAAUAUCAAAAAUACAAUAUAUAUUCUAUACAAUAAUCUUACAAAUGCAUGGGUGCUAACGACAAUAUCUUCGACCAGCCUUUCUUCUGCAAUUCUUUUCCAACAACACCUAUUGACGUGAGUCAGUAUAUAUGUCUCGGAUAAACAAGUGAGCAAAAAAGCAAAAUAAGAAAAAACCACCUCCUACUGACCAUUCAAUCUCGUCCCAAUCGGAUCCCCAGACUUAUUAAUAAGUACGCACGCGUUAUCAUCGAACUUGACAAAGCUGCCAUCGGGCCUCUGUACGUUUCUCGUCCUGACCACGACGGCAUGGCAGACGUCUCCUCGUCUGACCUUGUUGGCAAUGCCGCUGCUGACACCGCCCAUCUCCGGGCCGAAAUUCCGCUGUUU